AUGAUGGGGUCCAAAGCCCUCUGUUUUGGGCUGUUCUGUGUUCUCUUUGCCUCUUAUAUUUAUAUACCUCUUCCAGCCAACAUUGAAGAACCCUGGAAAGUAAUGGCCUUGAAUGCAAUUGUUAAAACUUGUACAUUUGUGGGUAUGUGUUUUGAAAAUAUAGGUAUUAUGACAUAUGAAGAGUUUAUUUCCGUGCUAUUCAGGCUGGAUUAUACCCAACCACUUUCAGAUGAAUACCUUACAGUGACCGAUACAACGUUUAAUGACAUUCCAGUGCGUCUGUACUUGCCAAAGAGAAAGUCACAGACCCCAAGACGAGCUGUGAUCUACAUUCAUGGUGGUGCCUAUUGUUUUGGCAGUUUCAAGCAGAGAGGUUUUGACUUCCUUAACAGAUGGACGGCCAACAAACUUGAUGCCGUUGUCGUGGGAGUGGACUAUAGACUAGCUCCCCAACACCGCUUUCCUGCUCAGUUUGAAGAUGGCAUCACUGCAGUCAAGUUUUUUCUUCAAGAUAAAAUACUUACAAAAUAUGGAGUGGAUCCCAACAGAAUCUGUAUUUCAGGAGACAGUUCUGGGGGCUUGAUAGCAGCAGCUGUGACUCAACAGGUGCAGAAUGAUCUUGAAGUAAAACAUAAAAUCAAGGCACAAGCUUUACUUUACCCUCACUUACAGUUAAUUGAUACUGAUUUGCCAUCUCACAGAGAAAAUGAGCAUGGUAUAGUUCUGACAAGAGACAUAGGCAUAAAACUCGUGAGUGCAUAUCUCACUGAGGAUAAAACGUUUCCCCAGGCACUGAAAAGAAACCAACAUAUGCCUCUGGAAUCAAGACAUUUGUUUAAGUUUGUUAACUGGAGUACUCUUUUACCCAAGAAGUAUAGAAAGGACCAUGUUUAUACCGAACCAGUUCUUGGAAGAACUAAUUAUUCAUUGCCAGGACUUCUGGAUAUCAGAAUGUCACCCUUGUUGGCCAAUGAUUCCCAGUUAUGGAAUUUGCCAUCAACCUAUAUUCUUACCUGCCAAUAUGAUAUCCUGAGAGAUGAUGGACUUCUAUAUGUUUCAAGACUUCAAAAUGCUGGAGUUCAAGUUGCUCAUGAACAUAUUGAGAAUGGAUUCCAUGGAGCUUUAUCAUUUAUGACAUCACCUCUGUAUUUACAUCUAGGUCUCAGGAUAAGAGAUAUGUAUAUUAGUUGGCUGGAUAAGAAUUUAUAAGUAUAUAUAAACUAUAUAUGGCAUCACUUAGUUGACUGUAAUUUGUGAUAUU